AUGGCUGCGCCUACAUACAGUGGAGAGUCGGACAUGGCUACUGAAGAUUUCUUCUUGAAUUUGUCGCCCUUACCUUCCCCUAGGUGGUCGCCGCCACAGCCUUUUCUACCCUCGUCCAAUUCAAUGGUUAUGCAGUAUCAAGGGUCUAACCAAUCCACGGACGAUCCGCCACAAAAUCAAGAGCACGACGACAUCGUCGACCUGGCACCGUACUUGGCCGGAGACUCGACGUUGUUGCAGCAGCAGCUACGUAAGAACUGGAGCGAGGCGUCAGAUUGGAGGCCAAGAGGAGGGGGAAUUAUGACGAUGAACAAUCAGGGCUUUGAAGAAUCGAAUAUGGGUUUCUAUAUCCCUCCGUCGUCGCCCACAUAUUUCCCUCUGUCUCGGCCGAUGCCAAGUGUUUUUUUGGUGUCUAGUGAACAGGGGAACAUAAGCUUGGCGCUUUCUUAUCAGCACAUACUUGAGGACAAGAGCGGUGCGUUGCAUGUGAUCAACUGGGAGGACGGCGAGAACAUCUUUGCGUUGCAUGUGAUCAACUUGGUGUCUUACCUGCGUAACAAGUUCGGUGAUUUCGAUCAAAUAACAAGGGCGUCGGGCGUGGCGCCCAAAGUCAUGGAGUCGUUGGUGCAUAACAUAUUGGAACAAGAGAACUACGAUGAGAGAGAAGUGACAUUAAGGCGGAUCAACUGGUUGGAACAACCGGACAAGGACAUUGUUGACCAGCCGGUCUUUGAAGUUGUGGGCGUGGUGCAGCAACUAAUUCAGAACAGGGGAGGUGAGUUGGAUGUGAUCUUAGGAGGGGGAGUUUUAACGAUCAACGGGCUGGAACGAAGAGACAGUCAAGGCUUGCCCACGACUCCGGAAACAGUGCUUAAUUGUCAGGCCAAGUUCUCCACAAGAGUGUGGCUGGGACACGGCGGCCAAUGGGUAGCCGAGAUCCGUUACACGUUUAAUCGCUUCAACAUUGGCAGUUUCACAACUGUGGAGGACGCCAUCUCAGCUUAUGAGCUUGUAACAAGGUUGAGUGGAUGGAUGGAUCUUACUGGUAUCCCUGGACUCUCUGAAAAUACAAACAGAUCAAAACUGCAGUUGCAGUUGCCACCGAUAGCACAAGAAGAGAAACCAGAAGUGGAUUUUGGAAAUGAGGCAGUUGGAACAGGUAGUGAGCGAACAGGGGAAUGUGUAAUGGUAGAUCAGGCUCGGUUGAAUUCUGGGUGUUCGAGAAAAAGGAAAACAAAGGAAAAGAAUCGAGGAGGAGAGAGAAGAAACAAGAAAACAAAUGUAGUUAGAAUUACAAUUCCUCUCGAGGAUAUCACACAAACCAAGGGAAUGCAUCUUAAAGAUGCUGCAAAUCAUCUCGGAGUUACCAUCGCCGAACUGAUGAGUUCUUGUCAAGAAUAUGGUAUCCAAAUAUGGUCACCUCGCAAUGAACACAAGCUUAUCAUGCAAACUCUCCCUGAUGAAACUCCUGCAGUUGUCGAUCAAGAGGUCAUCCCACAGUUGACUUCUCAUAAUGUGCCUUCUGAUCAAGCCUUUAUGGCUACCGUUGACACAAAUAGUGUUGUUGAAAAGGAAGUUCCGCAGACGCAAUUUUUGCCUACAGCUCAACAAGAGAACCUUGAUGCGGGUUUUGGCAAUGAUGGAGCUGAGGCAAUCGGAAUGGGGGGUGAGGAAACAGGGGAAGUUGUAAUCGAAGAGGCUCAGUUGAAUUUUGGGUGUUUGAAAAAACAAGAAAAAAUGAAGGUAAAUACCCCAGGAGGUGAGAGAGGUAAUAACAAAACUACUGGAGUUAGAAUUGCAAUCUUAAAGGAAGAUAUCUUACGAACUAAGGGAAUGCGUCUUAAAGAUGUUGCAAAUCAUCUCGGAGGUGGCCGAUCUGCACUGGAACACAACCUUAUAUCUUGCCCCAACGAAACUCCCGCUGUUGUUGAUCAAGAGGGAAUCCCACAAUUGAAUUCUAAUACUCUUCCUUUUGAUCAAGCCUUGGUGGCUACUGUUGACACAAAUACUAGUGUUGUUGUAAAGGACAUUCCGCAGCCACAGUUUUCGUUGACAGAUCGACAAGAUAACCCAGAUGAUUUUGGCAAGGAUGAAGUUGAGGUAGUUGGAAUGGUGGGUGAAGGAACAAGGGAUGAUAAAAUUGAAGAGGGUCAGUUGAAUUCCGAGUGUUUGGGAAAAGGAAAAAGGAAGGAAGAAACUUCAGGAGGCGAUAAAAGAAACAAGAAAACAAAUGGAGUUAAAAUUGCAAUUUCUUUGGACGACAUCUUACAAGCUGAAGGAAUGCUUCUUGAAGAUGCUGCUAAGAAAUUCAAGGUUAGCCGAUCUACAUUGAAGCGUGUCUGUCGAAAGUAUGGUAUCCUCAGUUGGCCACCUUCCAAGGGAAAUGAGCAUAUCAAUCAAUCUCACACUAAGGAAUCUCCUGCGGUUGUUGAUCAAGAGGGAGUCCAACAGUUGAAUUGUGAUAUUCUGCCUUCUCAUCAAGCAUUGGCAGUUAUUGUUGACACAAAUAGUGUUGUUUCGGUUGUUGAUCAAGAGGGAGUCCAACAGUCGAAUUGUGAGAUUUUGCCUUCUGAUCGAGCAUUGGCAGCUAAUGUUGACACAAAUAGUGUUGUUUUAAAGGCAAGAUGGGUAGAUGAUAUUAUAGUAAAGAUUCGUCUUCCUAAGCCUUGGAAAUUGGCAGAGCUAGAGCAACAAGUGAAAAAGAGGCUGAAAAUUGAUGCUGGAACUUAUUACAUUAGGUACAAAGAUGAGGAAAAUGAGCUUAUUACUAUAUUUUGCGAUGAGGAUUUAGAGGAAUAUAUAUCCAAUCCUAGACCGUUGAACACCUGUUCGAUAGAGGUUUUUCUUGUGCCAAAGUAGCCUAUAUAUUAAUUACCCGUUGACCAACUUGAAUCUUUGUCAUAAAGCAUUUUCCCUUCUACUGUAAAAGUG